GCUGAAAAAAUGAAUGAAAAUUCCAGGAGUUAAUACAAACACCGAAACUCCUGCAGUGUAUCCCAUAACAGCUGCUCCUGUUUUCUCCGUUUGUGUGGCAGUUGGUCACACUGUUAUGAAGAGUGCUUCACGCGCUGUGUGUAAACAUGCACACACUCUGCUGAGGCACUCGGUCUUCGCUUGGCAGCCGUUGAGAAUGAAUCUCCCAUUGGAUGUUACCGAUCAAGAAGAAUCAAGUAACAGAAGAGGAGAUGAAACUGUUCCUCGGAGUGUAGAACAAGUGACUGCUUCUUCAUCGUCUGAUGAAAGACAUAAAGACGUUGCUCCUGAUGGAACAGUCUGGAUAAGAGUAGUGCUUAAUUCACAAGGUGCCCUGUUGUGGAACCCCAAAAUAUUAUUCCAUAUGUGGCAAGAGAUUGAAUGUAAGAAGAUGGUUUGUUAAAUGUACAAAGGAAACUAAAUACAAAUGUAUAAAUUGUGAAAAACAAUGAAGUAGCUGAAAUUUCUGUGCACAUGAAAAGUUCAAUUUUUUUAUGAAUUUAGAAGAAAGAAAAGCCUGUCACUUGCUUGGGUGUUAACAGGCUCAGUGAAAUUUGUUUACAUGUCAAUAAAUAAUAUAAUUUAAUUCUGUUUU